AUGUGUCCGUAUCAAGAACGUGCUGAGUCUGAGGACGGCCCGCCAGAACUCAGCGAGGAGAUCAAAAGUGUGCUGGCUACGCACCAGACGGCAUACGAGCGGAAUAUCAGCCUUGUUAGCUGUACUGGCUGGCAGACCGUCUGGCUGCGCACAUGCUACGACCCAGAUCUCGCCGAAAAAUACGAACAGAUGAAGUCGGCAUCCGAAAUCCCUGGAGGCGGGGUCUCCGGGGACAAGAUCCUGGACGACCCCUCCCGUUACAAUUUUGACGACGGUAGUGGGGACUCCUGGCGACAAGUAUUGGUUCGCGUGCCCGGGAUCACAGAUUUCUGCGGUGUUUGGGGCGUGGACGGCGGCGGCAGUAGCAUACGGUACCGCAGUGGGCAGGACGAUGAGGAGAUGAUAGCGGAGUACGAGCAGGGGGAAGAGAGGUGGCGGGAGGUCAGUCUAGCGGAGCUAAGAAUCCAGGUGGGCCUGUACCUGUUGGAUCGUGAGGCUAUCGAGUCUGGAUUGAUCAAGAUUCUCUGGCUGGACGAGCAUGGGCAGAUUGCCUGGGAAAACCGGUUCGAUGCUUCCACUUCAAGUUUGGCUCGGCUCACGGGAUGCCUCCUGAACGCCACGAGUUUGGUGGAAUUAGCCGGCUACAACGGCACCCGCAGCGCUCUGCUUCAUGGCUAG